CUGUUGACUUUUGGUGGGAAUCAAAGAAUAGGGUUUGAUUUGACAUUUUCUGCCAGGAUUUGGUGUAUAUUCAUGAUUUUUAGUCGGAAGAAUAACGGAGUUACAGUGCAGGUUCAUUAUCAUCCAUGAUGCAUGAUGAUGUUCGACGGCCUACUUCAAAUUUUUGUAUGAUCGCAAAAUUACCAUGGUCAACCUGACAUAAUUUAUUGACAAAGGGAUCAUAUUAUUUGUAUACAGCUAAAACAGAAAUAAGACUUGAGUUUUGUAUUGGGAAUUCCAAAACAGACGGAACUGGCCGUGAAUCUAUAAUUAGAAAGGAACCAAAGUAUUUCAAAGAUGGCAGAUGAAAAGAAGAUAUUUAUUGAGCUGGGCAGAGACUGUCGGUAUCAGAAGUUCAGAUACCCGACUGAAAAAAGAACGGGUAAAAAACAACAUGCCAAUAAAUUAAUGACCAUUACAUUAAAGAAUAUACAAGAAUCGGAUGUGGAAGACAAAAUGAAAGUUUCAAUAUUUUGUGUUACUGAUGAUCAAGAGCACCGACUACAUCCUAAUACCUUAUUAGGUAAAAACUGCCAGAAGGGUUUUUACCAAUCUGCAUCUAAAACCAAUAUAGACAAGAACAGCGAAAGAGACUAUAAAUUUGAUAUACCAUAUCUGUACAUAUUGCGAACCAAGAAUAAUGAAAAGAUGAAAACAUUGAGUGAGACAGCAAAAUUAUUACCUGAAACUUUUAAAAGUAGUUUUGUUGAUGAUAAAAAUUUCUAUAAAGAAAUAAAAACAGAUAGUGUAUGUUUAAGAGUUGUGGUGGAAUUUGGUGACACAGUGCUGUCCGAAUUAUCUGAAAGAAUAACUCACCAUGAUGGCGGUGAAAAAGUGAAGCUUAAUAUUAUAAAAGUUACUCAGUAUUCUUUUGAAGCUGCCAGUGGAGGAGAUGUGGAUUUGUUCACAGAAGAUAAGAUCGGACCAAAUAUUACACCAGGAGAUUAUGAGGUACGCGUAAAAACAAAUAAAUGGGAAUCAGAAUGGAAAUCUUUGACGUCUGAGGACAUUCUGUAUAAGAGGGUGGUUAACUAUAAAGUUCCACCAUAUAACAAUCAAGAAAGAAUUAGUGAAGAUGUGACAGGAGAAAUAGAAUUAAAGUGUUUGAAGAAUGGCACCUCUUGCCAAAUAGACAUAAUCUACAGACCAUGUCAUGCUGAUAGAAAGAGGAAGAUGCUUCCUUAUCCAGAUAAUCCUGCGGCCUGUAAAAAACCUCGUAUAGGUACGAUAUUUUUAUUUUUGCUAUUUAUAGACCAGCCAUAUACAACCAAAAAUGAUGAAGCUCUUAGCAGUGUAAAUAAAACUAUUAUAUUAUUUGAAGCUCAAGAUAAAGAAGCUACGGUGGAAGAUGGACAAACUUAUUUAGUGAAUAAUGGUGGUAGAAAUUUUCGACAUGGAGCAGAAGAACAAACUCAUGCCCGGUCUCAUAUAACAGAAUCAGAACAAAUGGAUACCAGUGUUCAACUACCAAACAUUCCAUCCCUCACUGACAUAGAUAAAGAAAAAUAUCCUUCAAUGGAGCCUCCAAAUGAACAUCAGCAAGAAACACAGAGAAUGGAAGAAAUUUCGAUGCAGAAUCAGGUCUGUUUGAAUAGUACAGAUUUGUCAAUGAUUGAUUGUUGA